AUUCUGACGUCAUAGAGAGGGCGUGAAAACGGACCACAUCAACAAAAGGGGAAUAGACUCGGAGAAGAGAAAACACAGACAGAAGAUCUGCUUCGAGAAAAUGUCCAUCUAACUCCUCAGGUUACUUUGGGCUAACCGAAAGAAACCCGAGUCUCGACAUGGAGGCCUUGCGCCUGAUGAAGGAGCUGAACCUGACCGUGGAGCAGGAGAGCCAGUAUCUGCCCAAGGAGUCGGGACUGAGGCUGAUCGAGUCGAACGCUGAGGGGACGGGAAUCUCUGCAAAAUGUCGAAACGCCAAAGUGGAGGAUCUCUGGAGCUUGACCAGUUUCUUUGGCUACAGCACACAGACGUUUGUCCUGGCGGUCAAUCUGCUGGACAGAUUUCUAGCUAUGAUGAAGGUUCAGCCCAAACAUCUGGCCUGCAUCAGCAUUGGCUGCCUCCACAUUGCUACCAAAGUGGUGGAGGAUAAGUGUGAGGUGUCGUCGACGCACGAGCUGAUCCGCAUCAGCCAGUGCAAGUUCACCGUGUCUGACCUCGGGCGCAUGGAGAAAAUCAUCUCGGAGAAACUCAGCUUCCAGUUCCAAGCCGUCACCGCCUUAACUUUCCUGCACCUGUACCAUUCGAUUAUACUGGCGCAUACCUCAAGCAGGAAAGAAGUCCUCAGUCUAGACAAGCUGGAAGCCCAGCUUAAAGCCUGCCUUUGCCGCAUUGUAUUCUCCAAAGCAAAACCGUCGGUGCUAGCUUUGUCUCUCAUAAAGCAAGAGAUCGAGGCCUUGAAGUCGGCUGACCUGUUUGAGAUCGCCCAAUCCAUUCAGAGACACUUGAGGAUCUCCGAGACGGAGCUACAGCUCUGGAGAGGCCUGGUGGCCCAGUGCCUGGUGCAGUACUCCUCGCCUACAUGCUCCAAACCCAAUCACAGGAAGUUGGUGUGGAUCGUGUCCCGGCGUACGGCCCAGAACCUGCACAGCAGCUACUGCGGCGCACCAGAGCUGCCCACGAUCCCCGAAGACGGCUGGAGUGAGAGUGAGGACUGGAGUGAAGAACUGAGCUCUGGGGAGGAGUCUCUCAGCAGUUCGUUGGGCAGCGAUGCAGGGGGGCCUUAUUUCCCUGCCCACUUUCAGAAAAAGUAGGCUGCCUAAAGGUGCUCAGCUGAUCAGAGGCCAUUCUACAGAAAGUAACCUCGAAACAUGGCGACAGCAGCAGCUUCAUCUGCCUUACAAUACAAAACUCCAGCUUCCAUAGUGAUGUCAGAAACCACCCAGACCUCUCCAUGUUAAAGAGCCACAGUGCCUGGGUUCUACACAAGAUGUUACUUGAGAACAUAAUUAUGGCCGUUUUUUUUUUUUUUUUUAACUUGCUUUAAAUCUCUUGAUUAUUCUAUUUCAAUUACUGUAGCUAUUAUUGAUCAUUCUUUCUUCCUUUUUGUAACGGUUGUAAGCUAAAAAAAAAAAAUUUGCACAACACAGGCAGCUAAAGUUUACAACCUGAGACCUUUAAAGGGGGAAAAAAAACACAAAAAAAGCCACACGAACUAGUGUUUGAAUAAUUGUCGGUGCAUGUUCAGGUUUGCCACAUUCCAGGAGACGACAGAAUCUUAAGAUCAGUGAAAGUGUUAGACAACAUAGGACUGUUGAAUUCUGGGACAUUUACCCCAGUACGGUGCACAGUCUUGUAUGACGAUUGUCAUGGAUAAAGGGUAGGUUCCGUCGCUCUUCAGACUGUGUUCAGCUUGAGAUAGUCAGGUUGUAUAUUGUGUGUGUGUGUAUGCUUCGAGUGUGAUGUGACUCCUAGACUUGCCAGAUUAGGUUAGGUUUAAAUUAGCCAAAGUGUGUGUCUGUGUGGAGCAAAACACAGUAACCUUGAAUGUGUGUGUGUGUGUGUGUGUGUGUGUGUGUGCGCGCGUGAGAGCACAAGGAGAGAAAAAGAAAAUGUUGGGGGGGGAAAAAUGCCACAAAAUGUAAAAAUGUCAAUACAAAAAAAAUGUAAAUUUGUAUAAUGUACAAAAAAAAAUAUGUAAAAUAAGUUGUAGAUACUAACUUAUUAUUGUUAUUUUUGUCAUGUUACAUAAAACUAAAUAUUUUUUAAAUUCA